AUGAAGCAUAUUUUUAGUAGGAAGGGUUUAUUGGGAGCUGCGCUGAGUCUUUCAGUCACAACGAUUGGUGCAGGAAUUCUUGCAAUACCUUCAACACUUGAUGAUUGUGGAAUUCUUCUUGUGGUACUACUAAUGAUAGUAGUUGGGAUAUUUACCGUCAUUUCAAUUGAUUAUCUUGUUAUAUGUAUUGAAACAUUACAAUUACGAUCGUAUGAAGAAAUAUCUGGAGCCUUGUUGGGUCGUACUUUUGAAGAAAUUGCUCGAUGGAUGCUUAUUGUGUAUAAUGUUGGUGUAGCAGCGGGAUAUAUUGUUGUUAUUGGGGAAAUAUUUAGUCCAAUGAUGCCGAUAGUAAGUGAAUAUUUUACACUUCUUUCUAAUCCCACACGAGUUAUGGUUGCUAUUUGGAUGUUUGUUAUGUUGCCUCUUUCAUGUAUCCCAGCUGUAUCUUCUUUGCGUUUUGUUUCUAUAUUAGCAAUAACCGCAACCUUUGUCGUUUCAGGAGUUAUUGUUUACCGAUACUUUUUUCCAAUUGACAUUGAUUCAGCACCUGAUAAUUCUUCUAUAAAGUAUAUUUCCUUAUCGAACCGAACAAUAUUGGCUUUACCUAUAUUAAUGUUUUCAUUUGAUUGUCAAACGCUUGUUUUUCAAAUUUAUGCUAGUAUUGCUGAUAAUUCUCGUAAAUGUAUGGCAAAAGUAGCGACACUUAGUAUAUUUAUUACUGGUUUAAUUUAUGGUAUGGUAGGUCUUUUUGGUUAUUUAUCUCAUACCAGUCAUGUUCACGGUAAUAUACUUACUAAUUAUGAUCCUAUUCGUGAUAAGAUAUUCGCUGUGGGUGGUGUUAUGUAUUCCAUUACAGUUAUAACAGCGUAUGUCCUUGUUUUAUUUCCUUGUAGAGAUGCUAUUUUUAUUCUUCUUUAUGGAUAUAGUAAUGCAAGUCGAGAAAGUUUUCAUGCUCUUAUAUCAUUUAAAGAUAAUAUGAUUGCAAGUAUAAUACUUUCGGUUUUAAGUGUUUUAUUAGCGUUAAAAGCCCCUGGACUUGUUUUUAUUAUCGCUUUACUGGGAGGUCUUUGUAGUAGUACCUUAUGCUUUAUAUAUCCUGCGGCUUUUCGUCUUCGAAUGCAUACACUAGGAAUUUGUACAGCUUCAAAUCAAGAGUUAUUCAUGGCAUUUGCCAUGUUAUCUCUUGGAUUUAUUAGCGCUGCUAUGGGUACCGCUGUGGGAAUUUCAGGAAUCAGUUAG